AUGAAGUUCACGCUACCUGAAGAUACGUUCCCAGCUGUUAGUCUGUCCAAGGAGAAGCAAGCUGCGUUGAUCGAGGAAGCAGAGACCGUCGUUCGCCAGUCCAUCGCAGCCAAUGAAGAAUUCCUGGCCGGUGGAGCGACUUUUCACGAUUCGAGGUGGAAGCUCGUGCGCGCCAAGGAAGGCCUGGGCGUGUAUCGGCAACGACGAUCGAUAACUGAAAUCUCCAGGGACUCGUACAAGGUCCAGAAGCCUUCGUCGCCUCCGAGCCAGAGCUCGUCACUGUCCUUUAAGCGUCGAGGCCGCGCCACGAGCGACAUGCACUGGACAACGACCACCACUGAAGAGGGGUCCUCAAUAUCUGGCAUCAACGAGAGCAGCAUCCAGGAGAAGAUGAGGCGUCCGGAGAUAUCGUUAAUGGUCAUGCACGGAACCGUGGACGGAAGCCUGGCCGACUGCAUGUACGGCACCUUCGCGCCUACCAAUGGAGCGUGGAUGUGGCGGUGCUCCCAUUUGAAUGAGCGCUUCGACGACUCGCGCGUCCUGGCGAACAUCAGAGGACCCACACGAAAGGACCCUUUCCGAUCUCUCGGCGUCAAGUGGUUCGUCAAAGAGAUCCCGGCCGUGCUGUCUGGCAUCGUCAUGCGGCGCGACUACCUCGUGCUGGAAGCCACGGGGCUUGCCCGCGACUCGAGAGGCGAGACAGUCGGCUACUACCUCUGCACUCGGUCUCACUGCCAACUAUCCCAGUACUCACUGACUUGGGCAUCGUCCGCGGACAGUUGA